AUGUCCGUUGCGACCAUGUUACAACCUGCCUCGCGAGUCUCGCGAGCCUCGUCCUCCUCAUCUUCCUCGUUUCAGCCCGUGGCACGACAGAACACAAUGUCGUCGCACGAUACUCGGUCGCUCCGCCAAUCUAAGCGGAUGUCGGUCACCGCGUUAUACUUAUCCAUGUCCGCUAAGGACAGGGAUUUGGAGAUCUCGGAUGACCUGGCGCGAGGUAGGCGCUUCCUCUCCUCUCCCCCCCCGGCCCCUGUCGUGAUUCUACAGGGAAGAUCAGGGAAGAUCGGGGAAGAUCGUGGACGGGUGGUAUUGACUUUGAAAAUAGCACAGAAACAUCUGCGAGAACUCAAAUCGAAGAUCUCAUCGCAAUCCAAGAAGAACUUCGUCUUGGAAAAAGACGUUCGAUAUCUAGACUCGCGAAUUGCCCUGCUGAUCCAGAAUCGAAUGGCUCUGGAGGAGCAAAACGAAGUCGCCAGCCACCUCGACGACACGGCCGACCCUCAAGAAGGAUUCUUUCCGAAUGAUGAACGAACCCAGAAAUAUGGCAAUCUGCUAUUCCUGCUCCAGUCGGAGCCCCGCCAUAUCGCCCACCUGUGUCGUUUGGUUUCCAUGGCCGAGAUCGAUUCCCUCUUGCAGACGGUCAUGUUUACUAUCUACGGAAACCAGUACGAGAGCCGUGAGGAGCAUCUCUUGCUCACGAUGUUCCAGUCCGUUCUCACCUACCAGUUCGAUAAUACCCCUGAAUACUCCUCCCUCCUACGCCAGAAUACUCCUGUGUCGCGCAUGAUGACCACAUACACUCGCCGUGGCCCCGGCCAGAGCUAUUUGAAACAGGUUCUCGCAGACCGCAUCAAUUCGUUGAUCGAAUUGCGUGAUGUGGAUCUGGAGAUCAACCCUCUGAAGGUGUACGAGAGCAUGGUCAAGCAGAUUGAAGAGGAGACAGGCUCCCUGCCUGAGUACCUCGCUCGGUCGGUCACGGCCGAGGAUGCCGCCGAAAACAAGCAGGUGCAAGCCAUCAUUACCCCCCGCCUGAAGAUGUUGACGGAUAUCGCGAACGGAUUCCUGACCACCAUCAUUGAAUCGAUUCGCAGCUUGUCUCGUCGCAAGUACCCCGAUGCUCAGGACCAGACGAUUUGCACUCUCAUCGGUGGUUUCUUCUUCCUCCGCUUCAUUAACCCGGCCAUCGUCACUCCGCGCUCGUACAUGCUGAUCGAUGCCACCCCGACCGACAAGCCCCGCCGGACCCUCACCCUGAUCGCCAAGAUGCUACAGAACCUGGCCAACAAGCCCUCGUACGCCAAGGAGCCCUACAUGGCCAGUUUGCAGCCGUUCAUCGAACAGAACAAGGAACGCGUGAACAAGUUCUUGCUCGACCUGUGCGAGGUGCAGGAUUUCUAUGAGAGCUUGGAAAUGGACAACUACGUGGCGCUUUCCAAGCGCGACCUUGAACUGCAAAUCACUCUGAACGAAAUGUACGCUACCCACGCUCUUCUCGAAAAGCACAGCCUGGCACUUGCCCAAGACCAACACUCCCACCUCUCCCUGCUUCUGCAAGAACUGGGCGCGGCCCCGCCGCAGGUGCCCCGCAAAGAGAACCGGACCAUCACUGUGCCGCUCUUUAGCCGCUGGGAGACUGCAUUGGACGACUUGACGGCCGCCCUGGACAUCACCCAAGAAGAGGUGUUUUUCAUGGAGGCCAAGUCGACGUUCGUGCAGAUCCUUCGUUCUUUGCCCCCGAACUCCUCGGUUGCCCGUCGCCCCUUGCGUCUGGACCGCAUUGCCGAAGCCGCUGCCACUCUCAAGAACGAUGCUGUGAUGGUCCGCAAGGGCAUCCGGACCAUGGAGUUGCUGAGUCAGCUGCAGGAUAUGGGCGUGCUCGACCGUUCCGAUGAGUUCAGUCUCCUCCGUGACGAGGUCGAGCAGGAGUUAGUCCACCUCGGUUCGCUGAAGGAAAAGGUGCUGGAGGAGACCCGGCAGCUGGAGGAAGUGUUUGCCACCAUCCGCGACCACAAUGCGUACCUGGUGGGCCAGUUGGAAACCUACAAGUCCUAUCUCCACAACGUGCGCAGCCAAUCCGAGGGCAAGCAGCGGAAACAGCAGAAGCAUCAGGAACUGGGACCGUACAAGUUCACUCACCAGCAGUUGGAGAAGGAGGGCGUGAUUCGGCGUAGCAAUGUGCCAGAAAAUCGCCGGGCGAAUAUUUACUUUAUGUUCAAGAGCCCGCUCCCCGGCACUUUUGUUAUCAGUCUGCAUUACAAGGGGCGUGCCCGUGGAUUGUUGGAGCUUGAUCUCAAGCUGGAUGAUCUGUUGGAGAUGCAGAAGGAUAAUCUGGAGGAUCUGGACCUGGAAUACGUGCAGUUCAACGUCUCCAAGGUGCUAACCCUCCUGAACAAACGAUUUGCACGCAAGAAGGGGUGGUAA